CUUGCCGCCAUUUUGGGAGUCAGGGUAUGAGAAAGCGAGUUUAAAUCACCACGGGUCCACACAUUUUGUGGCCCUAAUAUGGUUCACACGUGCGUGGUGGCUGGUUGUCGGAAUCGGAGAACACCCGGGACCACUCUAUCCUUUUAUCGAUUUCCUCGUGACCCAGAAAGGAAACAGCGUUGGAUAGCUGCUGUGAAUAGAGAAGGAUGGGUGCCAAACGACGGGAGUAGGCUGUGUAGUAACCACUUCAUCUCAGGUAAACAGGUGAAGAAUCCCCGGUCGCCGGAUUAUGUUCCCUCAGUUUUCACCACUACAGCCUCCUUAUCCGAGACCAUGAAAGAAGCCAGCACGUUUGAACUGUCUGACAAACAGGAGGCGCAGGUGGAGGCGGCCAAUGCCUUGCUCUUCCUCCAGGGGCAAGGCAGGUUUACGGGGGAAAUGGUCCAGAACCAAGGGCAGGAUCAGGAGCCUGACACCACAUCAUCGUCAACAAGCAGCGAUGACGAGGACGAAGAUGAAGACGACAGUGAUGAAAUGGGCCAGAUGAGCGACUGCAAAGGCAAAGCCGAAAAGCUGUGUAGAAGUGCCUCCACUCGGUUCAUUGACUACGAAGCCAGCCUGAAAGCCCUGAGGAGGGAGAACCGGGCCCUACGGGAGUCUGUGGAGAAGAUGUCCCUCACCGAGGCUUCGCUCCGGAACGAUCCGGAGAAGGUGUGCUUCUACACAGGGCUUCCAAACUACUUUGUAUUUGAGACGGUCAUGUGGCUGUUGGCUCCACACAUGAAGGGGGACAAGAAUUCCAAACUCUCGAAGUUCCAGCAGCUGCUCCUGACACUCAUGAGGCUCCGGUUAGACCUGCGGAACCAGGACUUGGCCUACCGCUUUGGCGUGAAGGUCGCCACGGUGACCCGGACGGUCCACAGGAUCAUCAACAUAAUGUCUGCCACCCUCGUGCCCACCGCUGUCUUCUGGCCCUCCCGGGUGGAACUGAGGAAGAACCUUCCGGCAGCUCUGACGGCCACGCAUCCGGACUGUGCUGUUAUCAUUGACUGCUUCAGGGUUUCCUUGGAGAGGCCUAUCGACUCGGAGCUGAACCAGCAGGUCCCCACCACUGCAGACGGUAGGAUACUCUAUACCCCUCGGGCGUAUGGGGCUAACGAGCUCAAGUACCUCAUUGGUGUCGCCCCACAAGGAGUAGUCACAUUUGUGUCACGAGGGUCACCUGGCAACGUGAGCGACAAGUGCUUGGCAGAAGGGUGUGGCUUCCUCUGCAAGCUCCUCCCAGGGGACGUGGUGCUAGCUAGUCACGACCUGGACAUCGCAGAGUCGGUGGCGGCACGUGGUGCACAACUGAAAGUCACCGGCUCCAGCGGCGUCAUCCACGGCGAGGGUUUUCCAGAGAUGAGCCGCGCCCCGUGGACCACCACCAACACCAUUACACCAGAGAGACUCAGUGUCCACAGACACGUGGAGAAGGUCAUCUCCAUGGUGAAGAAGAGGUACGCCAUUCUCACAGGUCCAGUGGAGAGCCCGUUCACCGCUGUUGACCGAGCCUCCAGCAUGACCACAUUUGACAAGAUAGUGCAGGUGGCCUGUGCCUUAAACAACCUGUGCAUCUCCGCAGCUCCUCUGGAGUGACCACUCACCCGCACUCUUAACAACUCCUCAUGGCAAGGGUUGCUGUUAUGUACAGGUACUUCCUGCAAGCAAAGAGAGGAACUUUUUUUUUUUGUCCACAUUUUUUUUGAACAUACAUGUAUUUCUGCUUACAGGUUUCAUAAUCAUUGGGGUUUAUGGAAAUGUGUUAAUGCACUUAAAGGACCAGACUACCUACCCAGUUGUGGUUCAGUAUGAGACAAAUAUGGAAUGUGUGUGUGUGUGUGUGUGCUGUACUUCAGUCGGUCGGUCAUAGUAGCUUUUUUGUAGCAGUGCCACAGCUCUGGGAACUGAAAUUUGUACACUUUUUGGUUGGAUGGGGACAUUCCAUGCAUUCUUCGCAUUCAAACUGGCAGAUUCCGCAUGCUGAAUAACAAGAGACCUCCACACAGCUCUCUGGACCAAAGGUCCUAUGUCUGUAAGGUCCAGAAAUGAUGAAUAUAAUGUUAAUGUUGAGUAUGAUUACCGUAAUGUUAGUCUCGAUAUCAGCUGUACUCAGGUGCUAGUGCCUUAGCCUCUGUAAUGCUGACGCAAAGGUUAUCAAAAAAGGUUAAUGUCUUUGAAAAGAUAAUGUAUCUUUCUAUAUAUUUUUGCAUCAAUAACGAGAUAAUUUGUUCUCUAUGUCUGACAUAACCAUAGAUAUUGCGCAAUUGUUUUUGCAAAAAGCUUCUGCUGUUUCUUGAAACAAGGUGUUUAUUACUGUUAUUUCCAGUUUUUUAGACAUCAAAACAAUAUGUAAUGGUACUGAUUCAAAUUGAGUACCUAAUCACUUUACAUGUAAACACUUGUGUGUGUGUGAGUGAGUGAGAGAGCAGCGAGCGAGCAAGAGAGUGAGUGUUAUGUGCAUGUUACGACAUUUUGUUCAUUUAUGUUUGUGCAUGUUUGUCAAACUUUGUUUUUUGUUAAUGAUACAACUGACAGCUGUCAAAACUUUAUAUUUUUGUUAACACUAUGACUUUCAACUGUUCAUACCUUUAAAGAAAACAAGUUAAACACAACCCAUAUCUAUCUUGCACAUUUUCUUUUCUUUUUCAAUAUACUUAGACAAAUCUGUGCCAGACGUACUGUACAUCUUGUAUUCAUAAGGUUCUUGAUUCCAACAUGUACUGUAUCAUCUUUGUUUGAAAGGUGAUUGACUGUAUGCAUAUUUGUCCAUAAAAUGUCCUCCACACACUA